CGAGAUGGGUUUCACCCGCCAAUUCUGCUUCCUGGACCCAUGAUGCGCGCCGGGCCCUAAGCGGUCUAUUUUUGUUCGACCUAUAGGCGAUCCCUAUAAAUACAGGAGGACCUCGCCCAUUUGACAGUCCGCACUGCGCACCCGUCCCGCCGCCCCCUCAUAAAGGACGCAGUCAGCCGCGGUUGGCCCACCUUAUUCUCUACUUCCUUUUUUUCGAGUCAUCCCCCUUCUCCCAGUCCCUCCUUCGCAAUGCUUCCUCUGAUCCUCCUCGCGGCGGCAGCCGGCGCCCAGGCGCAGAGCAGCGCAACCUACCCCGAAGGUGUCCUUGCUUCGGGUACGAUGGGCCCGAUGAACCCGCCCUCGGCGACCCUCGGGACGGAGCUCAACCAGACGUCGGGCGCCCGCCUUGUGUCGAUCAACUCGGUCGACGAUUUCUGCCUCUUUGGCCCGCCCGACCCCAACUCGGUGAUUGGUGACACGGAGGCGUACGAGGUCGCUUGGUGCACGCAGGCGAGGAACAAUGCGCGCGUUAUCCCUGACGGCACGAUUACGGGCGUGUCGCUCUUGAAGACGGACAUGUACGUGCAAAUCAUGGGCUACGGUGACCUCACGAAGAUCAAUAUCGCGCCUGGCGACUACGGUGGUGAGCUCGACCCGCACGGCGCGACCGGCGAGGGCAACCCCGUUGGCGGCAACGUUACCACCAACAUCACCACUGGCUCCGACCUGAACUAUCAGGAGUGGAUGAUGUACGUCUCGUACGAGCAGUUCUGCUUCCGUAUCUGCACGAACGCGAACAGCACGUACUCUACGGAGUACAUGUGCUGGCACGAGCUCGACGAGAUGGGCUGCGAAUUUGUGAUGCCCGGAAACUACGACAUCAACGGCACUUUCGAGACGUGCGAGGCUGAUGUGGCCUACCCGCCCGGUUGGUACCCCACCGCGACCUCUGACGGCACUACCCUCUUCUCGACCUUCGCGCAGUACUACGAGGGCGUCUAUACCUCUGACGGCACCCCGGUUUCCUACACGGUCGGCACGACCGUGACUCCGGACAGCGUCGCCUUCACGCCCUCCUCUUCCAACUGCCAGACCGUCUCCACCAUCAGCAACGGCAUCGAUAUCGAGGCUGGCACCACCAAGGCUGGCUCGGACAACUCUGGCUCCAGCACCUCCGGCUCCGGUGGCUCCACGACUGGGACGGCUGGUGCCGACUCCGCGACCACGAGCGGCAGCAAUGCUGGCUCGCGCUUCGUUGUCGACCUGGGCGCGAUGGGCGCCGUCGGUGCCGUCGUGAUUGCGGCCCUCAGCGGGGUCGCGGUCUUCAUGUAAGGUGGAGGCUUUCAUGUAAGGCGGCGGUGUUCGUGUCGAACGCAUGUCCACCUCGCUGGUCCUCUGGAUGGGUUUGACGAACGGUUUCCUGUAUUCCGCGCCCUUCGGAGCUCGUAUCGGACAUCUCCCUCUGGCUUCGCGUACCCAUGUCUACCACGCCUUGCUUUCCAGCUUUACGCACAGCUCUCAGCUAUACUCGCCUGGCUUUUCAGCUCACGGACUGUCGAUACCUCCUCAUGUUUUGGCACUAUUGUAUAUUUGCGUUACCUAUAAUGGUACCUGGGUCUUGUUUGUUUG